CAAGGCGCUCUUUAAGCUCCGGUGUUUCCACACAGAGCAGCCAUUCAUCGGCUCUACAGUCAGCCACACACACUCCCAUGUUGAACCACCGGACAUCUACACUGAUUUUUUUUUCUAUUUUUUAAUAAUUUCAGGUGUAGCCGCCUUUGCUAAAAAGGAUUUCCAGCCAACGGUGGAGGGGAUUUGGACACUUUUACGCAGCAGCAUGGCUUUUCCUGAGAAAAGUCAGCAAUAAUUGGGAUCCCUGUAGACUCCAGCCUUAAUCUAAACGGUUUAACUACACUGAAAAGUGGUGACUCUCUCCGAAACACAUUUUGCAUUUGUAUUUUCAUUAGCCAAAAGUUUUUUUUAAAAAUGUCUGGCGAGGAACACAGCCUGUCCGAGGCGGAGCUGAGUCCCGGAGGGUCAGAUGAUGGUCACUCACUGUCGCCAACCCAGUCUGGUGCGCCGCACGGCCAGGACUCCCCCCUAAGUGGUCCGCCGCAGCAGCUGACCGCGCUUUGCGUUGCGGAUGGCAGCGGUGAGGAUGGAGGGAGAUCCAGAGCCAAAUCAGAGGAGGAGGACGAUCGUUUCCCGAUCGGCAUCAGGGAGGCGGUUAGUCAAGUGCUGGACGGAUAUGACUGGACACUUGUGCCCAUGCCGGUGCGCAUAAACAGCGGAAACAAAACUAAACCCCACGUCAAGAGGCCCAUGAAUGCCUUCAUGGUGUGGGCGCAAGCGGCGAGGAGGAAAUUGGCCGACCAGUACCCCCAUCUGCACAACGCGGAGCUCAGCAAGACCCUGGGCAAACUUUGGAGGUUGCUGAAUGAGAACGAGAAGAGGCCAUUCAUAGAGGAGGCGGAGAGGCUGAGGAAACAACACAAGAAGGACUACCCAGAGUACAAGUACCAGCCCCGGAGACGCAAAAACGGCAAACUAACGCCUGCUAAUGAGUCCGACAGCCAGGGGGAAGGGGAGGCCAGCCACUCCCAGUCACACUACAAGACCCUGCAUCUGGAGCACAACGGUGGGGCAGGGUCUCCUCUGGGUGACCUGCACCACCACCAUCACCACCACCAUUCUGCUGGUCAGGGUCACAGCCCACCUACGCCCCCCACCACCCCAAAGACAGAGCUCCAAUCUGGGAAACUGUCAGAUGCCAAGAGGGAAGGGGCGGCAGGAGCAGCUGGAGCAACAGGGGGGUCCAGGGGAGCCCUUGGGUUGGGAGCUGAAGGGUCAGCUGGUGGUCAGUCAUCAUCAGGCACUAAACCCCACAUCGACUUUGGCACCAUGGACAUUGGCGAGAUCAGCCAUGAGGUGAUGUCCAACAUCGAGCCAUUUGAUGUAAACGAGUUUGACCAGUACCUUCCUCCAAAUGGCCACCCGCAGAACGGAACCGGGGCCCCUGCAGCUGGAUCCUCUGCCUCGUCUUAUGCCUAUGCUCUGGCCGCUGCUAGCGGGCACUCUGCCUGGCUCUCCAAACAGCAGCAACAACCUCAGCCCUCUCCGUCGUCUUCUGACCCCUCCAAGGCCCAGAUCAAGAGCGAGUCUGCAUCUGUGAGCCACUAUGCCGAUGCCUCAUCUUCUCCAUCCUCAGGCGCCCAUGUCACCUACACCUCACUCAGCCUCCCUCACUACGGCUCUGCUUUUCCCUCGCUGGCUUCCAGGGCUCAGUUUGAGUAUGGAGAGCACCAGGCCCCCGGGGCAUACUAUGCCCACUCCAGCCAAGCUCCUGGGCUGUACUCAGCCUUUUCUUACAUGGGUCCUACACAGAGGCCUCUGUACACUACCAUAGGAGACCCCUCCAGCGUGGCCCCCUCUCACAGCCCCACACAUUGGGAGCAGCCUGUUUACACCACACUCACAAGACCUUAAGGAGACCAGCUGAGCAGAGGGAAACGUGUAUGUGUGUGCAUGUGUGUGUGCAAAACUGUGAGCAUGUGAUUGAGUGUAUGUGCCAUUUUGAUGUUAUAUUAGACGUUUGUACUUUUUUUUAUCCAAUAUAAAGCAAGAUGCGUCUACAGGAGUCUUAAAGAUAAAAAAAUCAGCCACAAACUCGCACCAUAUAAAGGGUGAAUCAUGGGUCAUCGGCCAAUCAAAAAACAAACAAAUCUUAACACAUGUGUGCCAUCAUAAAUAUAUGAGUUGGGAUGUACAGUGACUAUAUUCAAGCAACAGAUGAGAGUGGACAGAUGCUGAAGAGUGACUCUGAUUUGACCCAGAAGUGAUGGGUUUGGAGCUACAUUAUCAGAUUUUAUUAACCAAACUAAAGGAUGUUCUUGAUGUUAUUGUGUUAUUUUAUAUGAAUAGUAUGUUUAUUGUUGGUGUUGAUAUCAUAGGGUGUACCUUUAUUGUGACAAAUUUGAUAUUACACUUAUACACCUGCAACACUACUUUGGGAAAAAGUAUGUUUUGUUUCAACAAGAUGUUCCCCAGGUUGCUUUUCUUGUGGCCAGAAAACCUUGUUUCUUUGUAGAUAACUCAGUCUUUAUUCCUGUCCUUUCUUUAGGCUGACUUCACUGAACUGAACAAUAAAAAAUUAAAGGGGAAAAAUAGGAAAAAGCGAGGGAAGUGAGUUUUAAAGAUAUGUUUCAAGGUAUUUCCCGGCCCUGGACACUUACCUCAACUCUAUUCUUUUUGUGCCAAUAGCAGAGGAGGAAUAAAACCAUGAAUACCUGAUCAUCUGAAGGUAAUCAGAAUUUCAGAACAUUAAACCUCAACCUAAGUCGUCUUUUUGCUUUCUAAGUGCCAAAUCUCCCGAGAUAAUUGGUCAACUUUGAGUCCUACAUAAAGAUUAGAAUCACAUGUACGACUGUUCUGCACUGCAUGAAGGCCAAAAACAUGUUUUCAACUUUAUCUUUUUUUUUCCUGUUGUGUCCAAGUCGCCCUCUUCCUCUUCAGCAAUGUGAACAAAUGGUUAUUACCACAGGCUUCACCAUUAUCGUGUGAUACAUACUUUAUAGAUUUAUACUGACCCUCUUACCAUGUAGUUAUUUUUAUGUAAGUAAUAAUGCAUUGUGUGUCACACCUUUGCUUCUUCCAUUUGUAUAAUUCUGGGUAGUUUUGUAAAGUGUUUGUUAUACAUUCACUUGAGCAUUUUGCUUCCUUACAAAAAAGCAAU